AUGAGUCUCGCCUCUUCAUCGAUCGCCCAACCUGGGUCUGAGUCUUCACCCAAAGCAUCAUCAAAUGUGACGGUGGAACGUUGCGAGGUUGCCGAUUCUGGGCAAUUUGUUGCUGGGAGCGUGCUUCCGGGACUUCCUGUUGUACAGAUGGCACCCGUCCUACGUGGCACGCCCGACUUCGAAACCCGACGCGCAGCCCUUCUCGAAGCAUUUGCUUCCAAGGUUCCUCAAGACCUUCGCCUCCCAACCAGUCUCAUUCGACACCCUCCGAAAGACGUCACAGGCAUUCCUGCGACAUGCGGUAUCUUGUCGUCGGAAGAGCUGAAGAUCACUGAACAUGAUGCCGUCGGCCUUGUUGAGGCAAUCGCAAGCCGCAGAUACACUUCAGUCGCAGUCGCGAGAGCGUUCUGCAAGCGCGCGAUCAUUGCCCAUCAACUCACGUGCUGUUUGACACAAUGGUUCAUGGACGAGGCAAUCGCUCAAGCUGAGAAGCUAGAUGCCUACUUCGAACAACACGACAAGCCAAUCGGUCCUCUCCACGGUCUGCCCAUCAGCAUUAAAGAGCACAUUCAGGUCGCUGGGACAUACUCCUCUCAGGGCUGUUUGGCGAGCAUCACAUGGGAUGAUACAGACGCUGAUGUCGUGGCUAUCUGGCGUAGUCAAGGUGCUGUGAUCUACUGCAAGACCAAUCAGCCGCAGUCCAUCAUGCACCUGGAGACCGAGUCGCAUUGGGGAAGAGUCUUAAACCCUUUCAACAUCCACUUGACUGCUGGGGGUUCGACGGGUGGUGAAGCAGCUUUAAUUGCCAUGAAAGGCUCGCCACUCGGCGUCGGGACAGACAUCGGGGGCAGCAUUCGAGGACCAUCUGCCUUUUGUGGCAUCUAUGGGUUCAAGACAACGUCAAACACGUUGCCGACAAGAGGGUACGUCAAGGGCGCACCUCCUCCGUCAGUGUUGAACGUGCCUCUCUCGACAGGACCCAUGUGUCGAUCGCUGAGAGACAUGGAUCUCUUUAUGCGAUGCAUUCUUUCAGCGAAGCCAUUCAUUUCCGAUCCGAACGUCGUGCCCCUACCAUGGACUGGUCUGAACACACCAUUCAAUCGACGACUCAAAGUGGGUAUCAUCAGCAACGAUGGCUUCAUCGAGCCUCAACCUCCCGUCAAGAGAGCUAUCUCUUGGGCCAAAGCCAUCCUCUCCGAUAGCAAGUACGCGCAUCUGAUUGAAGUUAAGGACUUCAAAGUCUUCGGGGCCGAAGAAGCCUGGAACCAGAUCCGACGAUUGUACUGGCCCGACGGCGCUCAACUCACCAAGAAUGGCAUCGUCUCGACUGGCGAACCGCUCCACCCUCUAACAGAAUGGAUCACCCAGGACGGCGAAUUCUUGGGUAUGCAAACUGCCCUCGACAUAACCCUUCAGCAAAAGCCCAGAGACGACUUCCGCCUCUCCUUCGCGCAAAGCUGGACCGCCCAAGAUGUGGAUGUCAUUAUCGGCCCGUCGUUCGUCGGUCCCGCGUGCGCACACGACACGGGCUUAUACUGGACGUACACCUCGCUGUACAAUCUAGUCGACUACCCGGGGGCAGUAAUUCCCACGCCCAUUAGGGCUGAGUCUGGGGAAGGAUACGACGAAGGGUAUGUCCCGUUGAGCGAGGCUUGUGCGAAGGUGCGAAAGCUAUGGGACGCCGGAGAUUUCGCGGGCGCGCCCGUAAAUUUGCAGGUUGUAGCGCGGCGACAUCACGAUAAUGAGCUUUUCGGGGCGUUGAAUAUAUUGAGGGAUGUAUUCGGGUUGGUUUAG